GGGGGGUGGACGGACGAAUUUAGGUGUUGGGCUGCGUGCGUGUGUGUGUGUGUAUGUGUGUGUGUUUGUAAGGGGGGAUAGGGGAGGAGGCGGCCACAUAAAAACUCCAGGCAACAUCAGGCGCGCGACCAGAGUGGCCGUGAUAAACGUGUGAUGAACUAGUGGAGAUAGGAACCGAGUGUCUAUUUGGUCUUUUCACCCAGGGACCCAAAUGGACUCAGCUGUGUCCGUACGUAUAGAGGGACUUUUUUGGGAAUAAUAACCCAGAGGCUUGCCGAUUUCCUAGUUUUUUGCGCUGUGACUCUGUGGAAAGCGCCUUAGCUCACUUCACUUGGUGUUGAGGACACGCUGCGCGCAUCUACCCAUGGACAAGACUCUCUCCAGUCUCAAGCAGCCUCCCAGCACCACUUAGCAUUUCCUUAAGGAACCCGUCCUGCAUCGGCUCCCAACAAACAUGGACUGUUUCCCCAUGCUUUAUUUUCUGUCGAGACAACAUGAUUCCUGGUAAUCGAAUGCUGAUGGUAAUUUUAUUAUGCCAAGUUGUACUGGGAGAGAGCAGCCAUGCUAGUCUAAUACCCGAGGAAGGGAAGAAAAAGGCACUGGGCAAUCACCCGGGUCAAAGUCAUGAACUGCUGCGGGACUUUGAGGCCACGCUGCUGCACAUGUUCGGCCUGCAGAGCCGGCCACGUCCCAGCCGCUCUGCAGUGGUGCCCCAGUAUCUGGUCGACCUCUAUAGGUUGCAAUCAGGAGAAGUGGAAGAAGCUGAAGGUCAUGAUGUCAGCUUUGAAUACCCUGAGAAAUCCACUAGCCGAGCCAACACUGUAAGGGCAUUCCACCAUGAAGAACACAUGGAGCAAAUGCCGUCAGACAGAACAUACAGCAUUGAGACUCCUUUGCGCUUCUUCUUUAACCUCAGCAGCAUCCCUGAGGACGAGCUGCUUUCCACAGCAGAGCUGCGUUUGUACCGGCAGCAGAUUAAAGAGCUUGGUUUGGAGUCCCAGCAUGUGGGAAAUGGAGACCUCCAUAGGAUCAAUGUGUAUGAAGUGCUGAAGCCGCCGAGGCCCGGGCAGCUGAUUACACGUCUACUGGACACACGUCUGGUGAGCCACAACACCACCAGUUGGGAAAGCUUUGACGUUAGCCCGGCUGUGUUGCGUUGGACCCACGAGCGGUUGCCAAACCAUGGACUCGCUAUAGAGGUUCUGCACCUGAACCGAACACCAGGGCACCAGGGUAAGCAUGUGCGGAUCAGCCGUUCACUGCAACACAACUCAGAAGGCGACUGGGACCAACUGCGUCCAUUGUUGGUCACUUUUGGCCAUGAUGGCAAAGGCCACCCACUGACACGCAGGACCAAACGCAGCCCCAAGCAGCGAGGCCGUAAGCGGAAUCGCAACUGCCGACGACAUGCGCUGUAUGUGGACUUCAGUGACGUAGGCUGGAAUGACUGGAUAGUGGCACCACCAGGUUAUCAAGCCUACUAUUGCCAUGGGGAUUGUCCUUUCCCUCUAGCCGAUCAUCUGAAUUCCACAAACCAUGCUAUUGUACAAACACUGGUCAACUCAUUGAACAGCAAUAUUCCCAAGGCCUGCUGUGUUCCCACCGAACUGAGUGCCAUCUCAAUGCUUUACCUGGAUGAGACUGACAGGGUAGUUUUGAAAAACUACCAGGAAAUGGUGGUGGAGGGUUGUGGCUGCCGUUAACUGUGUCAAGCGUUAAGAAAUGCUAGCGCAAUGAAGGCCAAAUCUAACGGGCCCAUUGUAUACCUAAAUAUUUUCACUUGGAUGCUUAUUUAUAACGUUUAUGUUGAGAUGUUUGUUUGUCUCCUUAUUGUUUCUUUGACCAUAUGAUCAUAUAUUUUGACAAAAUAUAUAUAUUUAUAACUACAUAUAAAAAAAAAAUAAAAAGUGAGACCUUAUUUUAAACAUUAA